GGCCAUAUAUAUAAGUUGAAAUCUAGUAUAAGGGUAAAGCUAUACAAAGUGCAAGAUUUGAGUCAUGGCUAGUUCAAUCAUGGUUAAGGUUGUUUGUUUGGCAAUUGUGUUUCUAGCACUUGGUCCAACUAGUCCUAAGGUUCAAGCUGCAGUGACAUGUGAUCAAGUUCAAAACAAUUUGACCCCAUGCAUUACAUAUGUACUCUAUGGUGGGAGUACUGUGCCAGCACAGUGUUGCAACGGGGUUAAGUCCCUCUAUGGCAUGGCUCAGACCACACCAGAUCGCAAAACAGUUUGCAAUUGCAUAAAGAAUGCUGUUAGUUCCAGUGGAUUCACUUACUCUAACUUUAAUCUAAACAAUGCUGCUGGCCUUCCAAAGAAAUGUGGUGUUAACAUUCCCUACCAGAUCAGCCCCAACACAGACUGUAGCAAAGUUCAGUGAGGUUGAUGCAUGAUGAUCUUGGAGCAGUAGCUCAAGAGUGGUGUUAUGGCAGUAGUAUAUAUAGUGUGUGAAUAAGAGGCUACAUGAGUGACAUGGGAAUGACUAGAAAUUGCUUCUUGCAAGCUUGUACUAGUGUUCUUGUGUGUCUGUGUUUGAUAGUGGGUAGCCUUUUCUUUCAUGGUUAUUGUAGGCAUUAGCAGAAGAUAAGGAGUGGAGUACUAGAAGAAAUGGGUAUGUAAGCAGUGGUUGUCUCUUUGUUAA